CGAACUGUGUGGAACUUGGCAGAACAAGGAAUGGAAAGCUGUAGAACAUUUUUGGAAGCUCCACGAAAGUACUGGUUUCAUCAUCGUCUCCCUCCUAUAUAAACGACACUCAUCCGCCUCCGAUCAAGCAUCGGAAGAAGUCUGUUCAUUUAACUCUCAGCGAAGCUAUCAGAAUAGCCGUUUGGUUGAUAAUUUGAUAUCUCAUUGAGUCGAUAGAAACAUAAUGUCUCUGAUUCCAAGCAUCUUUGGUGGUCGCCGGAGCAACGCCUUCGAUCCCUUCUCUCUCGAUAUCUGGGACCCCUUCGAAGGAUUCCCGAUCCCUAACGCCGUCGCCAACGCUGGAGCCUCGGCGAGCGAGACGGCGGCGUUCGUGAACACGCGCAUCGACUGGAAGGAGACGCCGGAGGCUCACGUGUUCAAGGCGGAUCUGCCGGGGCUGAAGAAGGAGGAGGUGAAGGUGGAGGUGGAGGAAGGGCGAGUGCUUCAGAUCAGCGGAGAGAGGAGCAGAGAGAAUGAGGAGAAGAAGGACAAGUGGCAUCGGGUGGAGCGGAGCAGCGGGAAGUUCCUGCGGAGGUUCCAGCUGCCGGAGAAUGCGAAAAUCGAACAGGUGAAGGCGUCCAUGGAGAAUGGUGUGCUCACUGUGACUGUUCCUAAGGAGGAAGUGAAGAAACCUGAGAUCAAAUCCAUUGAAAUCUCUGGUUAGACCCUUCAAUUUGUGUGGGGUUUCGGUAGUAAUUGUUGGUUUUGAUUGUUAUUAUCAACUAAAAUGAGUGUCCGUUUGUUUGUAUUGAUCAUUUCUCCCUAGUCUGGCGAUGGCUAUGUAAAAUUUUCGUCUGUGCAGAGUUGCACAUUAUCGGAUCAUCAAUAAGAAUUGCAUUUUCUU